UAUCCCUUCUCCUCCUCCUUCCAUUAGCAGGUGCAGUCUUCCCAUUAUUCUCUGCAUCUGUACAACCUUUUUUUUUAAGUUCUUGUUCAAUUCAUUUUCUCCAAUCCAGACCAUAGCCCAAUUUUCUUUUUGAAUCAAGACAACCAAUACCUAUUUCAAGAAUCACAUAUAGAAGCCCAGGGGGAUCGUCACGAAAUGCCAUCGUUAGAGGAAGAGCUAUUCCCUUCAACACCUGGUAAGUUCAAGAUCGACCGUGCCCACAACAUGAAUCGCCAGUUCAACCGUUGCUUCGCUUCAACAAGCACCAUGUUCUUAUGGGCACUUUUCUUGAUUGCUUUAACGGCGUCCUAUUUGAGUUUCCAGUCUUUUGUCGAUUCCGGUAGCCGAUAUUUCACUGCUUCUUGGGGCGGCAUUCAAUGGGAGAAACAAAUCCGAAAUUCUGCCCAGAUCCACCGUUCUAAGGGCAUGUCCGUUCUUGUUACCGGAGCGGCAGGUUUCGUGGGAAGCCACGUUUCUUUAGCCCUCAAGAAACGCGGAGAUGGCGUCGUUGGGAUUGACAAUUUUAACAACUACUACGACCCAUCAUUGAAGAAAGCCCGAAAAUCUCUCCUCAACAACCAAGGGAUUUUUAUUGUUGAAGGAGAUAUAAACGACGCCCGUUUAAUAGCUAAGCUCUUUGAUAUUGUGGCUUUCACUCACGUCAUGCAUUUGGCGGCUCAAGCCGGAGUCAGAUACGCCAUGGAGAAUCCACACUCUUAUGUCCAUUCGAAUAUAGCAGGCUUGGUUACUCUUCUUGAGGCUUGUAAACUGGCUAAUCCUCAGCCGUCUGUCGUUUGGGCUUCUUCAAGUUCUGUGUACGGUUUAAACGAGAAGGUCCCUUUCUCUGAAUCUGAUCGGACGGACCAGCCCGCCAGUCUUUACGCAGCAACGAAGAAGGCAGGUGAGGAAAUUACCCAUACAUACAAUCACAUUUACGGUCUUUCAGUUACUGGGUUAAGGUUUUUCACUGUCUACGGUCCGUUUGGAAGACCCGAUAUGGCUUACUUUUCCUUCACGAGAAACAUUUUACAAGGGAAACCGAUUACAAUCUACCGUGGCAAGAAUCGGGUUGACUUGGCCCGGGAUUUCACUUAUAUCGAUGAUAUUGUGAAGGGUUGUGUAGGGUCAUUGGACACUUCAGGUAAAAGCACAGGUUCCGGUGGGAAGAAACGGGGACCCGCUCCUUAUCGGAUCUUUAAUUUGGGUAACACGUCACCAGUCACGGUGCCGACACUUGUGAACAUACUGGAGAGGCAUUUGAAGGUAAAAGCGAAGAGGAACAUCGUAGAUAUGCCUGGGAACGGUGACGUACCAUUCACUCAUGCAAAUAUUAGUUUGGCCCAGAGAGAACUUGGGUAUAAACCGACUACUGAUUUGGAAACCGGGUUGAAGAAAUUUGUCAAGUGGUAUCUCACUUAUUACGGCUAUAAUCGUGGGAAAGCUGUACAUUAGUUUCUUUUUUUUUUCUUAUGAUUUCUGUUUUCCCAUUGAAAAAGGGCAAGAAAGACAAAUGGGAAAAUAGAAAAUCUGAUAAGGUCGACAAAGUGGGGAAAAAGACAAAUUAUUCUUUUCUUGGAGGGGUAAGCCCCAGUAAUUUUGUUGUUUCUCUUUAUUUGUUUUUGUAUGUAAAGUAUUCAUUAGAAACAUCUCAUAGUUUUUUUCCCCCCUCUC